AUGGCUGAACCUGAAAAUGUGCCGAAUUGGCAGAAGAUCAGCCAACAGAAACAGGCACAUCGUGACAGUCUGAUUCCCCCUGCAUGGAAGCUCAAGACAUCUGAUUUCCCUCGGGGCAAUAAUGUCCUCGACGUUCCCUUAACAUGUGGGAUUCUGACAGAGGAAGAGAUCGACAUCACAUCAAACUACGAUGCAGUGGAUCUGGUUAAGUUAAUGAAAGAUGGAAAACACUCCGUUGAAGCUGUGACUCUUGCUUUCUGUAAGAGGGCCGCAAUUGCUUUACAACUGACAAACUGCCUCACUGAAAUCAUGUUUGACAUGGCUCUUGAACGUGCCAGGUAUCUAGAUGUCCUACGCCAGAAUAAUCCAACAGCACUAGGCCCCCUUUUUGGCUUGCCCAUCUCGCUGAAGGAUGCUUUUGAGAUCCCCGGCUUUGAUGCCACGAUUGGUUACGUCGCCUUCGCAAACAAGCCAGCAAAAUCCCCCUCCGCACUUGUAACUCUUCUGAGUGGCCUUGGAGCUGUCUUCUACUGCAAAACAAAUCUUCCCCAGACUAUGAUGACGGCAGACUCGGAUAACAAUGUCUGGGGUCGCACGCUGAAUCCCCACAAUACUAGCUUGACUGCCGGAAGAUCUAGCGGUGGUGAAGCAGCCUUGAUGGCCCUACGUGGUAGUAUCAUUGGGAUCGGCUCAGACAUUGCCGGGUCAGUCCGCAUACCGUCUGCGGCGUGCGGAAUAUACGGGAUCCGUCCAAGUGCUGGAGUUGUUCCGUUUGGGGGUCAAAAGAUGCCUUCAGCUCCAGGCCUGCCAUACAUCACUCCUGUAGUGGGGCCGAUGGCAACUUCUGCGCGAGCUUGUCGUUAUCUCCUCGAGUGUAUAGUGAAGGCGCACCCUGUAAGGUAUGACAGCCAGUGCGUCAACCUGUCAUGGCCAGAGGGUGCUUGCAGAAGAAUGAUGGAUACUGGCCGUAUUCGAAUAAGCGUGGCCCAAGAUGAUGGGCAUUUGACUGUUGCCCCUCCGCAACGGAGGGCUUUACAGCAAGCCGUCUCAGCGCUGCAAGAUUCUGGCAUCACAGUCAUUCCGAUCCAACUUCCUGAGGUCGAUGUCAUAGCACAGAAUAUUCUGGCAAACUUCACAAUGGAUGGCACCAAGUUCUUUCUGGACACUACUGUUAGGGCCGGCGACCCUCUAGUGCCAUCUGUGGUUGCCCUAAAUUUAGUGAAAGAGAGUCCGACAGCCACACUAGACGACAUCGCACGCUUCAAUGCCAUCCGUAACGAGCACAAAGAGCAAUACCUCAAGAUAUGGAACGACCUUGAGCUUGAUGCAAUCAUCAUGCCCAGCGCACCUCACACUGCAGUCCCACAUGAUAAAUGGACGUCGCUUAACUAUACAGCGAUAUGGAAUUACCUAGACAACCCAGCGGCUGUUAUCCCCAUCGACACUGUAAAACCAGGUGAUAUCCCAGACACCGCUCAUAAAUACGGAGCAGAUGAUGCAGCCUACUCCGCCUUAUACACCGGACCCGAGGCAUACAAAGAUGCACCUACUUCUAUUCAGGUAGUUGGACGCCGACAGGAAGACGUCCAGCUGUCUCUUAUAGUGGAAUAUUUCAGCGAUAUUAUUCAUGCACAUCUUAACCUCGAACAACUCUGA